CAAAAGAUGCGCCUGUACGCCAGAACGUAUCAUGCGCUGGCCAAAGCAAUGCCAGUGAGGGGUUCAUAGAAGCUUCGGGCAUACUUGAGCAUCCUUGGGCUGUGAGAUUCUGCAUGGAAGCUCUCUCUAUGUUGUGGGAUCAACUGUUACUGACAUGUAGAACGCGGUAUUAUUGGCACGGCCUACACGCUUUAGCCAGACCAGUGAUCUCAUUGUUUUGAAGCCCUCGUUCACUCGUCUCCCUCGCUCACUCGUCUCCCUCGCUCACUCGUCUCCCUCACUCACUCGCCUCUCUCACUCACUCGACUUCCUCAAAACACCUUGACCCAGAAGACAAACGUUAACUAUGAAAUUGGAUUACAAUGCCCGAGUACGCCGCAAAGGGAAGAACCCAACAACUGCGCCGUGUGCUACCGGCACCAGCCCAGCGGCCACCGGUGCCAGCAGCUCCGGACCCCCCAGUUUCUACGAGACAGAACAUGGUGGCCGCAGCCUGCAGCGCGUGUCGCAAACAGAAGACAAAGUGUUCUGGCGAUAGACCGGCUUGUAGUCGCUGCGUCCAGCGAAACUCUGAAUGCCACUACACCACACAGCCGGGAGAAACGGAAUCUCAAGCAUGGCGACGAGGAUACAAGGACCUGCAGCGUAUAACAACAGUUCACGAAGAACUAUUUGAUCUCUUGAGGAAUUUGCCCGAUCAAGAAGCUGGCCACGUCUGGCAUAAAAUCAGAGACGGGGUGGACGCGAUGUCACUUCUCAACUACCUCAAAACAGGGAAUCUGCUACUGCAAAUGGCUGUUGCUCCCGAAACGCGAUUUCGGUAUGAACUCCCGUAUCAAACAGAAAUGCCCGCAUAUUAUCUUGGCGACAAUCCCUAUAUCGAUUCAAUGAUUUACGGGGCAUCUUCGCUCUAUCCCAAAGACGAGCGCUCCAGGAUUUCGGAUCGUACGGCCACCAGUCGUGCCGGCAACCGGGCAUCAAACCAAUACCAAGGCGCCUAUUUGAAGCCAUUUCAUGCUGCUGAAGUUAUUGACCCUCGGCUGACUGAUGCGAAAAUUUCCUCGUGGACCGCUGUUUGCAAAGACGACGGGCUUAUGCGACAACUUCUCUCAGUCUUUUUGAGAUGCGAGUAUCAUUUGACAUCAGCAUUUCAGAAAGACUAUUUCUUAGAUGACUUGGUGGCGAAUCGAAAAAACUUCUGCUCAUCCCUGCUCGUCAAUAUUGUUCUUGCUUAUUCUUGCGUCUGCUUUCCGGGUUUCCCAGACCGUGCCGAAUACUGGAAUCCCAAGGCGCUUGUGUAUCGCUUCGUUAUGGAAGCGAAGCGCAUAUGGGAACUUGAAAGCCAUGUGCCACGGAUUACAACAAUUCAAGCCGGAAUAGUCUUCACAGUCUUCCACAAUCUCUGCGGUUUAGACGAAAUCGGACAAGCAUAUAGGAUCCAGGCCAUAGACCUAGCCCAUCAAAUACAGCUCUUUGACAGCACCGUAGGCGGUCGCAGCUGCAAAAUGCAGAGGAGCAUGGCGUUCCUCGCAUGGACCUUGUUCAAUUGGGAAACGCUUGUUGCCUUCUCCUUCAUGUUCACCCCACUCCUCAAAGAGCCUCCAAACUGGGCUCUGCCGGAUCCUUCUCAAGAUGGGAAUUGGUAUGGGGAAAUAUGGCUCAAAUAUCCGUUGACCGAUACCCUUUCGCCGUCUUAUUUCGGCACCGUUUUUCGAGCAAAAUCCCAUUUCCGAAUCAUCAUGAACAAAUUUUGUUGCACAGCAUAUUCAGAAGGCUCUCAGGUAGCUGUAGAAAAGGCCUAUGAACUUCUGAAGAGACUGAAGCACUGGUAUCACGGCUUGCCAGGUCCACUCCAGCCAAAGACAAUCGUCCUCCCUACACACUUGCAACUUCACAUUCAUUAUCAUUAUCUGAUCAUAACAAUCUUUGAACCUUUGGUGGACGCACAAACAGACCAAGAGCCACCACCGCAGCAAGUAGUUGCUGAAUCCAAGAAACACCUUCAGACACUGAUCCGACUCUACUAUCUCCGUCACGGAUACGAUGCUAUGGACCUCUUCGUCGUCAUACCGCUUAUGCUUGCCGGUUCCGACUGCAUCGAAGCCAUCAAUGACCAAACACCCGCAGCCGAGCUAGAGCUCCUACGCUCUACGCUUAUCUUGGUAGCAAAGGGCUUGAACAGUCAACGCCGAAAUCAUUAUUUAGCCGAAGCACUGUUCCGCGUCAUCCGGGGACGAAUGCGGCCGUCGGAACUUUCUCUGUUGAAGAAUACGAUGAUGAUAGACGAGAGUGAAUGGGAUGAGAAGAGUAGCAUGGUGCAAGAGGUGCGAAGUUCGUGGCCAGUGAGCGUGGUCAAAAAGAAGGAAGAUAUAGACUCUCACAAAUUGACGAACCUCGUGGAGAGUUAUGGUAAUUUGAACGUAGAAGGGAGUUCCGGCGCUAAGUCAACUUGAGAGAUCUGGAGAGUGUAUUUGGCGUAGGAUAGAACUGAUUGAUACCAGUGUUGAAUAGAAUUACAAUCGCCCCGAAUGACAGUUGUUUGUUCUUUACUGUACAUGUUCUUUUUCUUCCGCUUUUGGAAUCCGGACCAUGGUAAUGGUAAUCAAGGCUCCGAUUAUAGCGGAAGCAAGGCCAAACCACCAG